ACCGCCGGCGGUACGCAGCCGGCGGCAGCAUCCUCCGCCGCGGCGGCUGCCAAGGAGCGCGACUACAUCUGGACCGAGGACGCUGUGCACGUCCUCCUGGAUCACUUCCUGGAGAAGUACAUGAGCUACGAGAAGGGGAUGAUCCGCAACGCCGACUGGGUGGAGAUCGCGCAGCGCGUCAACCAGCAGCUGGAGGGGAACAAGCCCGUCAAAACGCCCGAGCAGUGCAAGAACAAGGUGGACAAUCUCAAGAAGCAGUACCGCAAGGAGCGGCGGCGCGGAUCCCUUGGCCCCUCCAGCACCAAUUGGGCAUUCUUCUCGCGGAUGCACGACAUCUUCGAGAGCGAUUACAAGAAAACAGGGGGUGGUGGCGGCGGUGGAGGUGGCGGCGGCGGAGGAGGAGGAGACCGAGAUCCUGGCGGCGCGAGCGAGGACGUACCACCGCAAAACAAUUCCAAUCCCGCCCCCGCCGCCGCCGCGGCUGCCAACAACAUCGAGGACGCCCACCACCACCACCGCUUGCGAUCCGCGGUGGUGCCGGAUCACUACCUGGCGUCGCGCGAGUUCAUCCGCAAGCAGCAGGAGGAGCUGAUGCAGUACAACAAGCGGCCAUCGCGGCGGAGCGAGACGCCGCCACCGGGGUCUGGCGGCGCGCCGAUCUCCCAGCAGCACCACCCACACCACCACCACCACCACCCCAUGAUGCUACUGCCCGAGUCCUCACACAUGGCCUUCCCGCCGCACGCAUCCAAUCACCACCACCGCGAGUCCGGCAGCACGCCCGCGCGGAAAAAGGCCAAGUCGGACCGGCACGAGCAGCACGGCGUCCCGCACGGCAUGACGCACGGCAUACCGCAGCGACACCACGACCAGCGGCACUUGCAGCCGGCGGGGCCGCCGCAGCACCACGCGGAGGGAUCGGGGCCGCCGUCGUCGGACUCGGGCGGCGGGGGUGGUGGCGGUGGAGUGGCUGCCGUGGAGGGAUCCACCAAGCACGAGCGGAAGCUCCACCGGCACCAGCUCGCGGCGCUGCGGCGCGACUUCAUGGAGGGAUUCACGGGCUUCGCGGAGGUGAUGCUCAAGAUCGAGGUGGCCAAGAUGGAGAUGCAGCGGGAUCUGGAGCGGCAGCGGGCGGAGAUGGAGCUCCACCGCACGCAGAUGAUGCUGAGCAACCAGCUCCAGCUCGCAAAGUACCUCAAGGCCAGCCCGAUACCGCACGGCAUGCCGCCCGACGGCGGCGGGGCGGGCCCCUUCUGGCCAAACUUCGGCUUCACCGACGCGAAUGCCAAUACCGCCGGCGGUACCGGCGGCACGCCGCGGCUCCAGCUCGCCAUCCCGAUCUUCCCGGACUUUACCGCGCUGGAUGCCGUGGGGCCUUACGAGGUACUGCAUUUGCUCCCCAACGUGGAGGUGCUGUUUGUGAGCCACCAGCCUGGGCUGUACGCCGCCGGCAUGGGAAUGCUCACGUUGCAAGCCACCGCGUCAUUCGACCAAGUGACGCGGCCGCAAAUCCUCGUCGUGCCUGGCGGUAUGGGCACCCGGAGGCUGCUCCAAGACCGAGUUAUACUCGACUGGAUCCGAAAGGUUCACGAGCAUACCCUCUACACUGCUUCCGUUUGCACUGGAUCGCUGCUGCUCGGUGCUGCCGGAUUGCUAAAAGGGAUCGAGGCAACCACGCAUUGGAACUCGCAUGAGCUGCUAGCGGAAUUUGGAGCCAAGCCAGUAUCCUCGAGGAUAGUCCGCCAGGGGAAGAUCAUCACUGCUGCUGGAGUGUCCGCUGGGAUCGACAUGGCUCUUCAGCUGGCCGCCCUUCUAACGGACGAGGCCACCGCCAAGACGCUCCAACUUUUCAUCGAGUAUGAUCCUCAGCCUCCGUUUGACAGCGGCUCGGUGGCCAAGGCCGGGCCCGAGGUGGUGAGCAGGGCCAAAGAACUGUCAUCCAAGCGACUCCAAGCCGUGGCUGGUGCCAGUGCUGCUGCUGCCGCUGCCGCCGCCGCCGCUGCUGCUGCUACUUCCAGAGCUCCAGCGUGAAGCAGAGAGAAGAAAAGUCUACUUGUUCUACGAUGCUGCUGCUGCUGUUGUAUGUACCAAAAGACGAUAGAGGAGAGUGAGGGAGGGAGACGAAGAGCUCUAGAAUCGAGACGAGGAACGAGCAGCGAACGACUGGAAUAUCCUUCUGCUUUGGUCGGGGAGAGAGAUGAUCCAGUUUUCCAAGAACACAGCCGGAGAAAGAGAGGCUCCACAGCUCGAGAGUUUCCAUUGAUCAUUGGUACGCUGCUGGGGCUCUCGCUCUCUUUUCAUCUCUUUCUUUGCUCCAUCUCUUUUUCUUCCCGCGGGACUAACAGUUCUUCUCUGCUAGCUCUCUCAGCUCUCUAAAUUUUUUGUUCGUUUUCUUUUUUUCUUGGGCUCUCGUUCAUACCGAUUUGUGUACCGCUGCUGCUGCUGAUUGAUUGACAUCACUGUGCGUUUCUUCGUUUUUUUCCUUAUAUAAAUUCUUGGUAGCCUCUGAGACGAAUAAAGAAGAAAAGAACUUCCUUCCUC